CUGACUAACCAGACGAUUCUCUGGGCUGCAGAUGGCAUCGGUGUGGAGGGGAUGGUGGUGCACAGAGCCGAGUGCCGGCCCGCCGCCUCCGACAGCUACAUGAAGAUUAAAAGGCUGCAGAUUGACUCCGCCAAGCCGCAGCGCCUGUCGCAGCAGCUGGAUAAAGCCAUCACGACCAUCUUCAAGCCGGUGGCUAACCACGAUUUCAACGUGGAUUAUGACAAGAAGAAGAAGUCCGAGGGGAAGAUGGUGCGAGCUGAGCGGCAGGUCGUGCUGGACAUGCUGUUUUCUGCCUUUGAGAAACACCAGUAUUACAGCUUCAAGGACCUGGUGGACAUCACCAAACAGCCCGUGACGUACCUUAAAGAGAUCAUGAGGGAGAUUGGAACGUGCAACCGCAAGGGAGCGCACAAAAGCACCUGGGAGCUGAAGCCGGAGUACCGCCACUACCGCUCUGCCGAGGAAGAGGAGGAGCUGCAGGGCCUUUAG